CAUCGUCACUUAUCGCGGUUGCUCGGUACCAUUGCAUUCGCAACCAAUGGUAGGUACUACCUACUGGUAUUGUUGGUAGAGUAGUUACUACUCGUCGCGUUCGUAUAACCUUUUUUCGUCAAUUUCGGUACUUUUAAACGCAACGGUACUAUCUAGUGAUACUUCCGCAAAGUGUAUAGUGCCAGGCAGCCCCUGGCAUGUCAACAUCAUGUCGAACAACGCCGCCCUGUCAGUAUUGGGCGAGGCGACGCGCCUCGUCCCGGCCAACACACCCGCCGUCUUCGAAAUAAUAACCGCCUCCUCGACGCCGCCAACGGAUCUCAGAGUGCACGUAGUAGCGCCCUCUAAAAGGGUCGUACCCUCGCGGGUUUUGCCCGGAACGCGCCUCGGCGUGCACAGCGUCGAAUUUGUGCCGAGCGAGAUUGGUACGCAUAUUGUGGACGUGUCCGUUGAUGGUGAGAAACUGCCCUCUGGGCCGCUAGUCGCGAAAGUGUACGACGCUGGUUUAAUACAAGUAGCGGAUGUUGGAGGAGGGGUUGUUGGACAACCUGUGCAGUUUAGAGUGGAUGCAAGCCAAGCCGGCGAAGGCCAACUAGAGAUCUCAAUAAACGAAGGCGAAGUCCCGAACCACGUACAAGUAGUAGGAGGAGGAAGAUGUCUCGUGUCUUUCACUCCAGACCAAGCCAAACCCCACCUAAUAGACAUUAAAUUCAACGGCGAAACAGUCAGAGGAUGUCCCUUCGUUUGCUCGGUUUCUGAUACAAGCAGGGUCACGUUGUCGCUGUCCCAUUUAGAAUUGGUCCCCGUCAACCAGCCGAGCUCCUUCCACAUGGGAGUGGCCGGUGGAGGAGCAGCGGAGCUCGCCGUGGCUGUCAGGGGACCGGUGGGAGAACUUCCUGUUAAAGUAACGGGCGAUAUUCAUUCUGGAUUCACUGCUGAAUUUACUCCAGUGCAAGUGGGUGCGCAUCAGAUCAGCGUCGACUACAAUGGAAGACCGGUGCAGGGGACUCCGUUUAUUGCCAAAGCUUUUGACUCGAAUAAGGUGACCGUUGGAACUGUAGCCAGAGGUACUGUGGGUCGCCCAGUGACCUUUUCUGUAGACGCGUCCGAGGCAGGAGAGGGCAAUUUAGAAAUAACAAUAUCAGCUAGAGGAUUAAACAUUCCUACCCAAGUCCAUCCCCAAGGUAACGCUAGAUUCGCCGUUAGCUUUGUGCCAGCUGAAGCUUGCGAUCAUGUGGUCAAUGUUGCUUUUAAUAAACGAGCUGUGGUUGGAUGUCCUCUGAUAGUGAGCGUAGGCGGUAGUGGGACGGGACCUAGUGUUACGCUUCCGGGACCCGGACCUGUACACAGACCGAGCACGUUGUUGAUUAACCAUCCCGGGCGGCUGGAGGAUAUUGAGGUCAAUGUUGAGGGCCCUGGAGGUCAAGCAGUACCCACUCAAGUCCAGCCACUUGGAAACGGACAAUUUAGAGCCGAAUUCGUACCUAGAGUUGUAGGAGAGCAUAGAGUCAAUGUCACUGUCAGUGACGUGCCAACCGUAGGAAGUCCUUAUGCCGCUAAAGUUUACGAUGUCCAAGCUAUUAAAAUUAAAGAUGCCGCUACUGGAAUUGUGGGAAAGGCUGUUACAUUUUUGGUUGAAACCAGCCAAGCAGGCCCUGGAAAUCUGGAGGUAACAGUAAACGGUGGCUUGGUUCCCACAUCGGCCCAAGCUCAAGGUCCGCAUACUUACGCAAUCUCUUUCACUCCAAGAGAAGCGACAGUCCACUCCGUGGACUUGCGCUUUAACGGUCAAGAUGUGCCUGGGAGUCCGUUCAAAUGCGCCGUUUCUCCUGCAGCUAGAAUUUUGGCGAUUGAUACUUUGGAUAAGGUGUCAGUGGGGAAGCCGUGCACGUUUGUCGUGGAGAGUCCCAAUCCACCUACUGUGGAGAUUUUAGGACCGGCAAGAAGGGCGCUAGUAACAAAGAUUCAGCCCCAAGAAAACACAGUAGGAAAAUUUGAAGUAUCGUUUACUCCAAUCGACGUCGGUGAUCACAGCGUCGAGGUGCGUCUUCAGAGCGGUCACAUAGAUGGCAGUCCGUUCCUUAUCAAAGCUUACGACGCUAACAGAGUAACGGUGACUGAUAUCACCGAUGGAAUUGUAGGGAAGCCGGUAUCUUUCAGCAUAAAUGCAUCGCAAGCUGGUGCUGGAAACUUGGAAAUCAUAGUAGCCGUCGGAGGAAGAAACGUUCCCAAUUUCGUUCAGAGUGAGGGAAAUGCGAGGUUUAAGGUUAAUUUUAAACCCACAGAAGCUGCUACACAUACUCUAAGUGUUAGAUUCAAUGGACAACCUGUACCAGGCUCACCAUUUAAUUGCAAAGUCAGUCCUGGGAACACUCAACCAAGAGUACCAGUAUCAGGAACUGGUAUUGAGCUGUCAGCAGUUGGACAUCCAGCAGAAAUAAAAAUUGAAGGAGUCACUGAUGGAGAACCCCAAGUUAUAGCUACAGCUCCUACGGGGAAAUCCCUACCAACGAAACUAAUUGUAAACGGAGACACCUACAUAGCUCGAUUUGUUCCAGAAUCGGUCGGCCGCCAUUCUGUUGCCAUCUUAAUCAACGACCAACACGUCAUCGGUUCUCCUUUUAGUUGCAACGUCUACGAUGUUAAUAAAGUUAUAGUUACUGGUUUACCAGGCAGAAAGGGCGAUCUUAGCAGGUCGAUCAAUGAAAUGAAUCUCAAAGAGUUGCAAAGUCCUGCAGAAGUUGGCAAACCAGUAACCUUUAGUGUAGACGCCGCCCAAGCUGGAGAAGGAACUCUGGAGCUCGUUGUAUCGACCCAACACACAACGAUUAAAGCAGAAGUAGUAGCAUGUGCAAGAGGAUUGUACGAUGUCACCUUCGUUCCGCUUACAGCCGAGGAUCAUUAUGUUAACAUUACCUUCAACGAUAUGAUAGUCGGUGGUAGCCCGUUCCAUUGCAGCGUAAUAGAAUCUACACAAUAUUUCCAGAUUGGCAGUACUGCUUGUAUAGAUUUGCCGAGUGAAAACCAUAGGAUCGAAGUCAACGAUCCCAAUAACCAUCACGUUAAAUAUGCCAUCAAUAAUUAUAAAGGAGAAUUUAACUUAACUCAAACUGGUACUUAUCGGGUACAUAUAAUAAGAGACAAUGAAAUUGUUGCAACCAGAACCUUCCAUGUGUUUGACACAACGAAAAUUGAUGUCAUAAACGCUCCAGAAGGUAUAUGCCAUCGACCUGCUACUGUUGGAAUAAAUAUUAAUAGAGUCGGACCUGGUAAACUCACGGCUACAGUGAAGGUGGGUAAUAGAGAUGUUUCGCAUAGUGUCCGACAAAGCCCAACUAAUCCAAACAUGUGGGAGGUGGUAUUUCAUCCAGUACAAGCAGCACCACAUAGAAUUACAUUAUAUUAUAACGGAGUCCCGAAAUUUGGGGUUCUGGAAAUACCCGUUAAAGGUCCUGGAAGUGAACCAUGGGCAGGUGGUCUAGGUCUUUACCAAGCUAAAGUCGGUAAAGUUAACUCGUUCCAGUUGGAAACUCAGGGAAGAUCUGCAAGAGAGUUUGACGUCGUCGUCAGCGGUCCGACAGGUUCUGCGGUUCCAGUUAGAUGCUAUCAAACGAAAACCGGAAAAUUACAAGCCGAAUUUACUACCAGAGAAAUCGGUCCACACAAUGUUGAAGUGUUGCACCAAGGGAAACACCUUGUCGGGAGUCCCUUUACGUGUCAGGCUUUCGAUCCUGAUAAUGUUAGAAUUACUGAUGUUCCUACGUCUCAAGGAAACGUCGGAGACAAGGUUCAUUUUAAUGUUUCAACCAAAAAUUCUGGUAUAGCUGAACUGGACAUUCAAGCAACCAAUCCAAUUCACCAAACUUUAGCUGUAGAAAAAAGCACUACAGAUGACAUUACACAGGUAGCCUUCCUUCCAUCUAUAGCAGGUCUCUAUCAAGUGGCGGUGAACUUUGGUGGCAUCCCAGUAAAAGGAUCUCCGUUAGCUUUAGGUGUAGGACCUGUUGGACCAACGCCACCUCCCAGAGCUGUUGGUAAAGGCCUCGAAAGCGGCAGAGUGGGCGAGAAAUCAACCUUCACUGUCAGUAGCAGCGUACAACCAAGAGUAUCUGUUGAAGCAGCUGAAGGAAAUGUAGAUGUUCAAAUUCAAAGCCACAAACCUGGAGAAUACCAAGUUUCAUACAUGCCGAAAUGGGUGGGCACAUACGACAUUAUUAUUACUAUAGGACCCAAUGAUCUUCCAGGUUCACCAUUUAGACCAAAUAUAGUGGAUCCUUCAGCUGUAAGAGCAAUAGGAGGUUGGAAUCAGUACAUAGAUGACACUGGUCGGAUUAAACUUCCCGCUAAAUUAGCUUUCGACACAUCUAACGGUGGUCCUGGUAAUUUAGAGUGCAAAGUAUCUGGUAGAAAAAUCAAUCCAGAAAAGAGUAAUUCUAGGAUAAGAUUUGAACUUUCCGGAGAAGGUUUAAGUCCUGGAGAACAUGAAUUUGAUAUAAGAUUCGGUAAUUACCCGCUGCCUGAAGCGCCUAACACAAUCGUUUGCCUUGGAGAUCAAGUUGUCUUAAGUGGACGAGGAUUGGCUCAUGCGCAAUGUGGCGAAGCUGCUGUUUUUACCAUAGAUGGAUCGAAAGCAAGUCUUGGCAAUCCAGAAGUGACUCUACAUGCUGCUGAUACCAACAUUCCAAUACCAGUCAUGAUAAGUUUAGCAGGUGACAAAAUCUGGAAAGCAGCUUAUACCGUUAACGUGCCUGGAAACUACUUACUAUCAGUUCUUUGGGCAGGAAGACCUGUUAAGGGUUGUCCUUUAAUAGUCGAAGCUAAAGGUGGAGCAGACGCCUCCAAAGUCCUAUGUUCAGGAGAAGGCCUAAGACAAGGGGUAGUCGGACGUGAGAUUAGAUCUUGGAUAGACACUAGACGAGCUGGACCUGGAGAAUUAACAGCUCAUUGUACAGGACCGAGAAAAGUAGCUUAUUGUGAAUUAUACGAUCAUGGAGAUGCCACGUUUACAUUAAACGUUAAACCUCAAGAAUCUGGAAAACACGCUCUUACUAUUAAAUACGCUGGACAACAUGUUCCGGGAUCACCCUUUACGCUUAGGGUCGCUGGGGCACCUGAUCCAUCGAAGGUUCGAGUAUAUGGCCCAGGGGUCGAACAUGGAGUAUUGGCCACGUUCCAAUCAAGAUUUAUUUGUGAUACAAGAGGAGCAGGUGCUGGUCAAUUAACAGUUAGAGUAAGAGGGCCCAAAGGGGCGUUCAGAGUUGAAAUGCAACGAGAAAGUCAGAAGGAUAGAACGAUAUUAUGCAAAUAUGACCCAACCGAACCUGGAGAUUACAGAGUCGAAGUAAAAUGGGCUGGAGAACUUGUACCUGGAUCACCGUUCCAUGUCAUGAUUUUUGACACGCAAGAAGAGCUUAGGCGAUAUGUCAGCACAUUAUGAAACAACAAUAAUUAAACAUAAUGUGAAAGAAGACAGAAUUAAUAAAUAUUUAUUAAUGUACAAUAUUUGUGAGACACGAAGUAUUAUCAACUGUAUUGUAUCUGAUAAUUUUUUUUUAACAGAGGACAUUACAAAGAACCACUUACAAAUUGAACAUUUAGACAUGCUAGACUGAUUUUUAGGAAAAUAUUCAACCCAGUGGUAUUUUAAAAAUUAUUUGAUAAAAUUAUUUUGAAACCGAUAAUAUCAAUUUUUAAUCAAUCCUCUGUUUGAGUCUUGUGUUAUAAUGAAAACGAAAUUUGGAACUGGAUAAAUAUACUUAAAUAUUUUUAGUUUCUAGUGUUUACUAAUGUUUAAUAAUGAAUUUUUAAAAUUAUAUAUUUUUUUAUAG